CUCCUCCUACCAGGCUCAUCCACCCGUUGCCCGGCAGCUUACCCUCACCAUUUCCAUUCUAUAUAUCUCACACGGACGCACGGUCGCAGUGUCACACACCCACUCGCCACCAAACUAGCGCCGGCGACCGCGCGGAGGCGGAGCCCGCAAGAAGAAGCGCGUGUACUAGGCGUGCGUCUGUCCCACUCGGCGCGAUGGUGUUCGCGUCCGGCGGCCGCGGGGGGCCCGUGCUGACGGCGCGUUUCGCGCGGCAGGUGGUGCUGGGCCGUUGGUUCAUGGUGUUCGCGUGCCUGCUGAUCCUGUCGGCGUCGGGGGCGACGUACAUCUUCAGCAUCUACUCCAAGGUGCUCAAGUCGUCGCUGGGCUACGACCAGCGCACGCUCAACACGCUCUCCUUCUUCAAGGACCUCGGCGCCAACGUCGGCGUCAUCUCUGGGCUCAUCAACGAGGUCACGCCGCCGUGGGUGGUGCUCGCCAUGGGCGCCGCCAUGAACCUUGCGGGGUACCUCAUGAUCUACCUCGCCAUCGACGGCCGCACUGCGCGCCCGCCGGUCUGGCUCAUGUGCAUCUACAUCUGCGUCGGGGCCAACUCGCAGUCCUUCGCCAACACCGGCGCGCUCGUCACCUGCGUCAAGAACUUCCCGGAGAGCCGGGGCAUCGUGCUGGGGCUGCUCAAGGGGUUCGUCGGACUCAGCGGCGCUAUCUUCACGCAGCUCUACCUCGCCAUCUACGGCGACGACGCCAAGUCGCUCGUGCUGCUCAUCGCGUGGCUCCCCGCCGCUAUCUCCAUCCUCUUCGUCCACACGAUACGCAUCAUGCCGUACCCGCGCCCCAGCCGACGAGGGACGAGUUCGGCGGCGACCUGCAGCGACGCGUUCUUCUGCUUCCUCUACAUCUCCAUGGCGCUCGCGACCUACCUCCUCGUCAUGAUCGUCGUGCAGAGGCAGGUCAACUUCUCGCACGCCGCCUACGCCAUCUCCGCUGCCGCGCUCCUCCUCAUCCUCUUCCUGCCGCUCGGCGUCGUCGUGAAGCAAGAGUACAGGAUCCACAAGGAGCUCGAGGAGUCUCUGCGCGAGCCCCCCACGGUGACCGUCGUGAAGCCAGCCGCGGCCCUUCAGAAGACAGCAGCUGAGCCGGGCCAGAGCACCACUGAAACAGAGGCCGAGGCUUCAAAGCAACAGCCACCACCGUUAUCGUCAUGCCUCGGCUCGUGCCUGAAGCACAUGUUCAACCCGCCGGCGCAGGGGGAGGACUACACCAUCCUGCAGGCGCUGGUGAGCGUGGACAUGCUGGUGCUGUUCCUGGCGACCAUCUGCGGCGUCGGAGGCACGCUGACGGCUAUCGACAACAUGGGACAGAUCGGGCAGUCGCUGGGUUACCCGGCGAAGAGCAUCAACACCUUCGUCUCCCUCAUCAGCAUCUGGAACUACGCCGGCCGCGUCACCUCCGGCUUCGCCUCGGAGAUCUUCCUGGCGCGGUACAAGUUCCCGCGACCGCUGAUGCUAACGUUGGUGCUCCUCCUCUCGUGCGUCGGCCACCUCCUCAUUGCUUUCGGCGUGCCGCAAUCGCUGUACGCCGCCUCCGUCGUCAUCGGCUUCUGCUUCGGCGCGCAGUGGCCGCUGCUCUUCGCCAUCAUCUCCGAGGUGUUCGGGCUCAAGUACUACUCCACGCUCUACAAUUUCGGCUCCGUCGCCAGCCCCAUCGGCGCCUACGUGCUCAACGUCCGCGUCGCAGGGUACCUCUACGACGUGGAGGCCACGAAGCAGCACGGCGGCUCCCUCGCCGGCGGGGACAAGACCUGCAUCGGCGUGCAGUGCUUCCAGAAGUCGUUCCUGAUCAUCACGGCCGCCACGGUGGCCGGCGCGCUGGUGUCGCUGGUGCUCGUGUGGAGGACGAGGAACUUCUACAAGAGCGACAUCUACGCCAAGUUCAGGGGCAACACCGCCGCCGAGGAGGAGCUCCCGGCCGGCGACUCCACCUCCGAAGAGGGGCAGCGGCUGAAGGAGGCUGAGUCAACGGAGGUCAACGGGAGGAAGGGGUAGUGCACUAGUGUCCAUGGCUGGCGGGCGCUUGCGUUGAUUCGGGUAGAAGCUGCCACACACAGUGAGCUGAGCUAACGCUCGGUUUUGACUUGGAAUACGUGUCAUCUUCCAGUCCAGUCCAAACUGUUCUCAAGCUCAAAGAGAGCUGAAAGGAAGCAACAGAACACUGCGAUAGCAAUUGAGUUGCGGGUGAUUACCGGAUACAAUAAAAAUAUAAAUAUUAGAUACGAUAAUAUAGGAGCGUCAACGAAUGAAGGUUGAGAGCGAUACAAUAGUUUGAUUUCAGAUUUCAACUUAAUGUACGAAGAUAUGGAUGUGUUAUAGGAGUGUCACCGAAUGAAUACGUUAAGAGCGAUGUCAUAUUUUGAUUUUAUA